AUGUUGAAGCUGUUGGCAAAAGGUCGUACACAGUCUCCGGUGCUCAGAAAUAGUUUUACGUCUGCAAGAGUUUCAAGAACUCUAGGUAUGGCACCAGCAAAUUCGCGGAGCAAUAGCUCUCUUCCAGCAGGUUAUAAGGAGGACUCAACUAAAGGUCCUAUGCUGCGAUUUGAGGAAUCACUCCCAAAGCUUCCAGUUCCUACUUUAGAAGAAACAGCUGUUCGAUACCUUAAAUCGGUUCACCCCUUGCUUACCUCCUCCGAAUUGCAAAACACCACAAAAGCUGUUCAAGAAUUCAUAAAGCCUGGUGGAAUUGGUAGCAAACUUCAAGCCAAGUUAAUUGCUCGUCGAGAAGAUCCUAAACACAAGAAUUGGAUAUAUGAAUGGUGGAACGAUGCAGCAUAUUUGAGCUACAGAGAUCCAGUCGUUCCAUAUGUCAGCUACUUUUAUUCUCACCGAGAUGAUAGAAGGCGGCGCGAUCCAUCAAAGAGAGCUGCCGCAAUCAGCACUGCAGUUUUGGAAUUCAAGAAACAAGUGGACAGUGGAACUUUGGAACCAGAGUACAUGAAGAAACUCCCAAUUUCUAUGGAAAGUUAUCAAUGGAUGUUCAACGCCAGCAGAGUUCCCUCGAAGCCAGCAGAUCACCCGGUCAAAUAUGCUGCGGAGGAGAAUAAACAUAUCUUGGUCAUUCGAAAGAAUCAAUUCUUCAAGGUUAUGCACGAGGUUGAUGGAAAUCAAUUGAACACUUCUGAGUUGGAACAACAAUUCAAGCGCAUUUAUGAGAAAGCCGAGAAGACACCAGCAGUCGGAAUUCUUACAUCUGAGAACCGCGAUAUCUGGACUGAUGCUCGUGAAGUUCUUCUCAAGGCAAACCCUUCAAACGCCAAGAUUCUCAAAGACAUUGAAUCUGCUUCAUUCGUUGUUUGCUUAGAUGAUGCUUCUCCAGUCACCCUCGAAGAAAGAGCGCAUCAAUACUGGCACGGUGAUGGCGCAAACCGUUGGUUUGAUAAACCUCUCCAAUUCAUCAUCAACGAUAACGGUACAUCCGGUUUCAUGGGCGAACAUUCCAUGAUGGAUGGAACACCUACCCAUCGUUUGAAUGACUAUGUAAACGAAGUCAUUUUCAACAACAAACUCGAUUUCUCCAAUCCCUCCGUCCGUUCUAACCUCCCCGAUCCUACACCUCUCAAAUUUCAUAUCACAAAGGAAGUUCAAUCAGAAAUUGAGCGUGCGACCAAAGAUUUCAACGAAGUCAUUGCCGCCCACGAACUCCGCGUACAAGCCUACCAAGGUUAUGGCAAGGGUCUCAUCAAGAAAUUCAAAUGUUCACCUGACGCCUACGUACAAAUGAUUAUCCAACUCGCUUAUUUCAAGAUGUACGGUAAGAACAGACCUACAUACGAAAGUGCAGCAACUCGUCGUUUCCAACAAGGUCGCACUGAAACAUGUCGUUCUGUCUCCGAUGACUCCGUUGCUUUCUGUAAAGCUAUCUCUGAUCACACUGUCGAGCCUUCUAAAGCUGUUGCUGCUUUCCGUGCUGCGAUCAAUUCGCAUGUGGAAUAUAUCACAGCUGCUAGUGAUGGAAAGGGUGUUGAUCGUCACUUGUUUGGAUUAAAGAAACUGCUGGAGCCGGGAGAGGAACUUCCAGCUAUCUAUCAAGAUCCUACUUAUGGAUAUAGUAGCAAAUGGUUCAUUUCGAGUUCUCAAUUGAGCUCGGAAUACUUUAAUGGGUAUGGAUGGAGUCAGGUGGUAGAUGAUGGUUGGGGUAUUGCUUAUAUGAUUAAUGAGAAUAGUAUUCAAUUCAACGUCGUAUCUAAGGGUCUAGGCUCGGAAAGAAUGAGCUUUUACCUUAAUGAGGCGGCGGGAGAUAUUAGAGAUCUCUUGAUGCCUACGUUAGAACCUGCUAAGGCUAAGUUGUAG